UAUCUAAUGUGUGUUCUCUCUCAGGAUUAUCUCCAGCAUUUCUACAAAUUUGAAACAAAUGGUUCGCGCAAGAAAAGAGAUACGGGUGGAAAUAACUUCCAGGAAAAGCUUAAGGAAAUGCAAAGAUUUUUUCAUUUCCCUGUGACUGGAAAAUUAAAUUCUAAAACGCUGAAAAUGAUGAAGAAACCUUGGUGUGGGCUUUCUGACUCUGAAAAAUAUGGACUUCAUCCAAAAUGGAAAAUCUCCUCAAAAACUUUCAGGUACAGAUUUAAUUUGAUGGGCAACAUUUCUCUGGUUACUUAUCAUAAUGAUAGUAGUUCAUUUGAUGGGCCAGGUGGAUUUCUGGCUCAUGCUUUCCAACCCGCACUAGGCAAUGGAGGUGCCAUCCACUUUGAUGAGGAUGAAUCCUGGAGCCUAGGACAUUCUAGAGGACGUCCCAAAGAUAGGACAUGAACUUGGAUUAUUCCACACCAGC